CUCUAUGCCGUUGGUGGCCGCGAUGGCAGUUCCUGCCUCAGAACAGUGGAACGUUUUAACCCACACACUCAACAUUGGUCUCUGGUUUCGCCGAUGCUCCACAGGCGUGGUGGCGUUGGGGUUGCCAGUCUCAGUGGUCGGUUAUAUGCAGUUGGGGGUCACAACGCGCCACCUUCGCAAUCAGCUGCUUUGCGGACUGCCAGUGUAGAGGUCUACGACCCAGUGACGGACUCGUGGACCGAAGUGGCACCUUUGUCGUCUCCCAGAGAUUCCAUCGCUGUUUGUGCUCUUGGUGGUCAGCUAUACGCUGUCGGGGGGCAUAAUGGACGCAUUUACACGGACAGAGUAGAUGUCUAUGACCCCGAAGAGGACGUCUGGUCGGAGGUUAGUCCUAAUUUGUGCCAUUUAAUCCGUCUGAGCGAUUCUGGUAAUAGCUACUAUGAAGGCGUUGUUAGCCUCUUUUAUUGCGCUUCUCCGUUAAUUACUGUCCGAUAUGUUCCAAUCUUAUUAGCACUAAAGCCUUUAAGGCUGGCAUAG